AUGGACACGUCAGUACGUAGUUCACGCUGUGUGCCGAGUGCUCGUCCGGCGGGCCGCGCCGCGCUGCAGUGUCCGCAGGGCGCCAGGUGUGUGUCCUUGGGCUCGGGCGCAGAGUUUCGCAACGGCCGCCCGGGCCGGUCCGGCUGCGUGGCGUCCUCGGGAGCGGAGUUGAAUAACCGCCAAGCAGGCGGCGGCUCUGCACUGCGGACGUGGACGCCCGCCAGCGGCGGCGCGACGCCACGCCGCGAGGUAAACAACGUGCUUUAUGGCUGCCCGCUGCCGGCCCCGCGUCGGGACAUCUUACGAGAGGGUGGCUACUUCGGGCCGUGGCAGACGUGCAAGGAGCUGCAGUACAACCGCGAGAUCUGCGGCAAAGACGUGUCCCGCUUCCACCCAGUCGAUGCUGUCUACUUCGCGGGGGUGGUGGCGGCGAUCGGCGUGGCGUCGCUGGGCGUCUUCUGCGUGAUGAGCGUGCUGCAGAUGGCGAUGGUGGCGUCCAAGGACCAGAUCUGCAUGCCCUACAGCGCCGUCGUCAUCGCCAAACUGGCGCUCGCUCUCCUUGCCACACUUCUGGCGAUUGCUGCUGCCGGACUGUUUGCUCUGCAAACAGACCGCAAAGACAGCUUCAGGGUCACCAGGGGGGAGUCAUUUUACAUACAGAUUGUUACAAUCGUGCUAGACUUCGCCCUGUUUGUGCUAGCUCUGUAUGAUAUGAUCUUCACACGAAGAGCUGGAGGUGACCCAACAGUGACUAAUCAGGAUCCUAGAGGGGAUGCUGCCACUACUUUUAACAACCCAGGCUUCCGUGAAAGUCGAAAUAGAGCACCAAUUUCAAUGACAGAUGCAAGUGGAAAACCAUAUUCUCAGUCACCACCAAUUGCCAGUAAUGGUAGUGUGCAAUCAGUGACCACAACUUCAUCCAAUGGUUCCACCAUAGGUUCGGGACCAAGGAGCCCACUGAGGUCAAGUCUGAAGAAGCCAAGGCCCAAACAAGAUGGAAUGGGAAUUCAAAAUCCAGGGUUUAGUGGACACUCACCAACAUUUUCAAGAAAUGGAAGUGUUAAAAAGACAGUCCGCAUCCAAACACAUAGCACGGCAGUGUGAGUUAAUCAAUAUUAUGCAAAAAAGCAUUUACACACAAUAAGGAAAACUGUCGCUGAAGACACUAAUGUGCUUAGCAAGAUGUGUUACACUUUUGAGACAUCUUAACUGAUUUUGAACAAAUUUGAUGACUUAACAGUGAUAGAUGUGAAAUGAUUGUAAUGACAAAGUUAAAUUUUCUGUACUGUAAGCAAAGUUUUUGCAUGUUAAAAUCCACAUAAAUUGUUUCAGUAUUAGCACAUUUCUCAUUCUAUGUGUGACAUUGGUCUAGGAGUAAAAAGACAUUUUAUUUUUGUCAGUGUUUUUACAUUUCUGUAAAACUGUAACAUGCUGAAUACGUUAAAUUGUUUUCUUCAUGCCAAGCUUAUCUUUUCAUGAUUAUACAUACAAAUAUUUUCUAAUUUAACUAUUCCAGAAAAAUAUUGUAGCAUAUAUAUGAGACGCAUUUGUUCAGUGUAUUGUUUCCAUUCAGUUAUAUUUGUAGCCCUUAAAUAAAUAAAAGUUCAGAUAAAAUAUUACUAAAAAGGAAACUGUAAGAAGUGGCAGUUCUGAGUAAAUGUUAGGGGCUGAUAUUAGCUCCUGGAGGAUAAAAAUCAUCCAUUCAUUAUGUUUAAAAGCAAAAGGCUCAUGUGUGAGAAAAUGUUGUGGAGCAUUAUUUUAGUACUUGUGGUCUUAUCAUAAUCAACUGAUAAUUUCUGUAAUACUAACACUUGUAACCAAAAUGAACUUUUUUUUGGCACACCAUAUUAUUUCUCGGUGCUGGAAGUUUUCAUUUUGUUCCUUCCCAACAUUAUUGAGUAAAAAAUUUAAUACAGCAUAAAUGGAAAGUCUUCCUGUAAAAGCAGCUUUCCUUCUAUAAAGUAACUGUUCACUACAUUUGAUAAGGCAUAACAUAAAAUAUAUAUCAGUUAUCUGUGUUCUGGCAGAACAAAUACAAUAACAACAGUCAAAAGAAUGAAGAGGACAGUAUCUUCACCACUGUAUUUAGCAUGCUACUUAUCCUCUGUGAGGUAUCGAUAAGCAUGUGCAUGUCUUUUCUAUCAGACUGAAAGAAUUCAGAGAAACCAUUCCCAAAAGACUGAAUCUGAAUUCUUUCACACAGCCAUUAUCUCUCAUUGUGUGAAGUCCACAUAACUUAUGUUCCAAAGACAUUAAAGGUAUUUGCUUUUUAAUAUCAGCAUUAGUAAGAACAAAACUGGAGUCAGUGACAUUAUGUAGCUGAAUGGGGAUCUUAAAAUAUUACUAUUUUAUUGCUUUGUAAAAUAUUUUAAAAUUUGAGGAGUUGUGGUGUAUGCAAAUGUAUUAUAAUGUAUAUAUAACUUCAAUAAAUCCGUCCAUGUUAUCUGCUUCUAAGUUUAUUUUAUAUUGAUUUAUAGGCAAACAGAACUUCUACUGACAUAAAUUCAGUGGUAGUUGUUUGUUGUUAUGCUGCUUCUGUAGUCAAAAAACAUUAUUCUCAUUAACUGAUAUGCAAUACAUAUUUUUACAGCUUUCAUCUGGAUUCAGUACUGCCUUCCUUUAUUUUUAAUGUUUUUUUCAUGCCCCUUAUGUCAUAUGGUCUGAAGGUGUCCAUAACACUUAUAUGUAAUCUACUUAAAAUGUAUUUGUCUCCUUGAAUGACACCCAUAAGAACAAUUAAUCAAAAAACUCAUUUGCUUGUCAGAAAAGCAGCUGUAGUGGCAAAUGCAGUGUACUACCAAUUCUGUGACUGUGUAAAGUGUACAAUAAAACUGCUACAGUGUUUUUUGGUCAGAUGAGUGCUAUGUUGUAUGGUACACUACAUCACCUCUGAUUGAUAUUCACUACAGUGUUCAAAGAACCCAUUCCCAAAAGACUGAAUCAAAGUUAUUUCACACAGCCAUGUUCUCCUGUUGUGAAACAUUCUUUUUAUUUUUAUUUUUUCUAAAAGAAAGUGGAUUUAUUUACUCUGGCAAGAGUUUCUUGUGUUCUGGCAAUGCAAAUGAUGAACUCACUUUCUUUACCAGUGUACGUGCUGCAAACUAUUACACAAUACCUCAAUCAUGUGGUGCUCACAUCUAAUGACACAGGCUGAUGCUGAUCAAUCACAACCACUGGUUCUCCACAUUCAUUACAGUCCUAUACCUGAAGAUGACUUACAGCAGCAUUUGUUUUAUUACACAUUAUCUCCCCUUCUAAGUGAAUGAUUUCAUAACUGGGGAAGGCUUUAAACCAUUGAUGGACUACACAAACUCCUUUUCCCUUGAUCUCUUAUUUCAAAUUCUGUAUCUCCUCUUCAGUAAAACCUUGCAGUUGAAAAUGCCACAGAACAGCUUGAUUACUGUUGAUAACAGAAGCUAGCUUGACUCUUUUUGGUUUAUGCACUAUUGUUGUUUCACUUUAGGAACACACUUGUAAUCUGAUACUCUCCCAAAAUUCUCUGUGGGUUCAGAUUGGCUAGCAUAAAUACCAGCUGAUAUGAGCCCCUAGAGAAUUAUAGGAAAGCAUCAGAUGUUUCACAUUAAGAUAAAACUGAGUGUGU